CUGAGGAGCUGGGGGCAGCAAAGUGUGAAGUGAGUCUCCUCAAAGGAAGAGGGGAAGCAGGGACAGAGUUUAUUUUCUCCAGCGAGGACCCAACCCCACAUAUCCAACAUCUCCUCUGCAACCCUCUUACCACAUCUAUGUGUUCAGAAGAGGGCUGUCCUCAGGUAGUGUUGCAAAGGGAAUCAGGAGGAAGAAGCAACUGUUCAACUGUGACUAUCUGCAAAGCUUUAUGUUUUAGCUACUUUCCAGACAUCUGACUGAUGAUAAGCACUUCCCUGGUGUAUGUAAGCAGAGCAUGGAAGGCCUAAACCUGAGCGUCUGAGCCUUGUCCAACGUCUUGUCCUUGUCCUUGCUAGGUCUCAGCCUGAGUUAUUGCUGAGAGACUGCCAGAGUAACACAGCAUGAGUGAAGGAGAAAGCCAUUACAGAUCCGCGCGUCAGCUUUCGAGGAAAUAGGAGUGGUAGAUUCCUCUCUGCCAGACAAACUGCCUAUCAUCAUGGAGUCUUUGGCAAGAGUGAAGAAGUCGCUGAGGUCGCCCAUCAGGAGCCUAACCAGUUGCGUGACGGGGGGGGAUAAGAAAAGGUUGUGUGCAAGACAAAGAGUGAAGAGGGGCAGCAGCUACCGAGGCUGCAGCGUACUGAGGAAAACCCCACCUUUUCCAGAUCUUAAAGACCCCUCAGUCUUUCGUUCAUACCAGGCUGACCUGGAGAAAGAGAGGAAGCUGCGGGAGGCAAAGAACACUGAGAAGAACGCUCAGAGAGCAGCAAUGAGAGCUCACUUUAGGAGAAAAUAUCGGCUUUCUGAGAGCCCUGAGGACACGAACCACCUGAGGUCUGCUGGCAGCAAAGUAUCGCUCCCCCCUGAGCUGUCCAAAAUGAUUCAUCCUGAAACCAAAACCAAGGACGACAGCUUCAACCUGCUGAGCGCCCUCCAAGGCCUCAGCAUCAGCAGGGCUGUGUUUAUAGGAGGGAAACCCAGCAGGACGCCCACACCAACUCAUGGAGACUCUUGUCGGGUCAUGUAGUCAGUUGUGUUUUAAAAUGACAGAAAGAUGUGCUGCCAGAUGGUGUUUUAUCUUAUUUAUCAGUACUGCAAUGUAAUGACUGUAAAAUGUAUUACAAAUUACAAAUUAUUUCCAAGCUUGUAAAAGACAUGUUCUUAAUGAAACCUAGCAUAGUGACUUUAAUGAAAGAGCUAAAAAUGAUUAGAAAAUUGGAAAAUGUUUGAUGAGAUUUUUCUUACCAUUUGGGCAAAAGAUCUAAAUAACAAAAUAAACUACCAGGAACCUUUGGCUACAAAGCAUUGAAAAACACACAGUGGAGCACAGAACUUAUUCACUCACAUUUAAUGUUUCUUUUAGUUUGUGGCCUUGAAAGCUCUUAUAGUAGCUAUAUGAGGGAUUUGGAAUAAUGAAUCUGUUACUUUAGCAAACUAUAUAAAACAAAAACACAUGUUAAUAAAGUACAGACUGCAUUUAAUGCAUAGAUCUUUGUUCUAUAUUACCCUUUUUAUGUAAAACAGCAAAUGUUUGUGUCCCAAACCAAUGAUGCAGACAUGUUAAAAUGUCUUGAUUAGAGCUAAAAUAUGUUAAAAUAAUCAAAUUAUUGUUUGCACUUCCACCUAUGUAGCAAAAUAUCAUCAAAUGCUUUGUGAAGUCAGCACCCCUUGAUCUUGGGACAAUUUAUUAGCUGAUGCUUCCUGCAGAGCUUCCUGCAGAGGUUAGUUGUGCUUAAAUGUAAUUGCAAGCUUACAAAUGAAUGUAAACCAGUGGACAGUUGUUUUUAGCUUUUGUUUAUUCAUUAGCAACAUUUUCAUUGUUUUAUUAGGCUAAUUACUUCAUAGCAAAUGCAGGUUGCAGUGUUACUAAGAAUGCUUGCUGACUGGGCAUUCAGUAAAUACUAUAGAUCCAACUGGGUGAUCUAUACACAAGUAAGGAACCUCAGGGAUAAAUGGUGAUAAAAUGUUAAACUCUUAUGUUUUACAUUUAAACAUCACAAUGUUUUAUUUAAAUGUUUUCCUUAACUGUGCUGUAAAAUGUAGCGUCCCCUCAUAACAGAUCUGUUUUUGCUUUUUUGUUGUUGUCCAAUUUAGACAAAAAUACCUUGAGUAUUGAUGCAGUUUCUUAAAAAUACAGAAUCAACCUGUCCCUGUUUAAAAAACAAAAUUAACUUGAUGUGUCACCCUGGGAGGCAGCAGCUGCCAUCAAGCCUCUUUAUUAGUGAGUCUUUUCUAUCACCGUGGAGGAAUUUUAAUCCACUCUAGUGAAAUACUUUAAAACCAGACACAGUUAAGAAUGUUGGAGCAUUAGUAGCCUCUUUGAUGGUAGACAUCAUUUCACCAUUCAAACAUUGGACUAAACACUGUAUCAGAACACUGUAUCUGUUUUCCUGUUAUGAGCUAUAUUUCAGGCUCUUAUCUUGUUUUUUCUGUUAAGCUUAUAGUAAGUGAUGAGGAAGAUUAAUUUUUUUUAUACCAAAUGGAAAAGAAAUAAAAUAACCUGAAAAGA